AUGGUUUCAGCAGGCAACACGUCCCAUUACCGUCACUAUAUCGCAGAAGGAUUCCGUUGGUACAAGUCUAAGAACCUAUGGAUGCUCCAGGGUUGGAUUCUCCUCUACUUGCUAGGGAACUUUGCGAACGGUUUCGAUGGUGCGCUAGUUAACGGCUUGCAGCCCGACAAAGAAUGGCAAACCUACUUCAACCACCCUGUUGGAAGCACACUUGGGCUUCUCGGAGCUAUCCAGAAUAUCGGUUCACUUGGCAGUAUCCCCGUAGCGCCGAUAUGGAAUGAUUACUUCGGGCGACGAAAGACCGUCAUGCUCGGAGGUGCGAUGAUGCUCACAGGUGCCGCCCUGCAAGCAUCCGCGAAGAACGUCAACUGGUUUAUUGGCGGUCGAUGCCUUCUCGGGUUUGGCGGUGGUUUCAAUAACAACGCUGAUCCUCUCAUGGUUAUCGAGCUUUGCUUCCCGUCGCACCGUGCUCCCAUCGCCGGUUCCUACAACUCAAUCGUCAACAUCGGCUCUGUUGUUGCCGCCGCCGCGACAUUUGGCACAUACUACAUGAGCGGCCAAUGGUCAUGGCGUCUUCCCCUCCUGAUCCAGGUCAUCCCUACUUCGAUUCAAUGGUGCCUGAUCAUGUUCGGUCCUGAGUCUCCUCGUUGGCUCAUGGGCAAGGGCAAGGAGCAGGAGGCUCUUCGCGUCCUCGCAAAGUACCACGGGAACGGUGACGAACACGACCCUCUCGUGCUGUACGAGUUCGAGGAGAUCAAGAACGCCAUCAUCGCAGAACGCGAGCAGAAGCGGUACGGCUGGAUCCACUUGUUCAACAGCCCAGGCAUGAGACGUCGUUCGUUCACGAUGAUGGCGCUCGCUGUCUGCGGUCAAUGGUCGGGCAACUCGAUGGUGUCCUACUACCUUAACCAGGUGCUCACGACUGUCGGUCUGACUGACAAGCCUUCACAACUGGGGAUCAACGUUGGUCUCUCUAUCUGGAACUUCCUAUGCGGUUUCAUCGCCGGCUUCAACGCAGACAAGUUCGGCCGCCGGCCCAUCUUCCUCACCUCGAUCGUAGGCAUGCUCAUCACCUUCAUCUGCGUCACCAUCUGCUCGGCACAAUACGUCGAGGCGCACUCGGUGGUCGCAGGCAAGCUCACAGUCCUGUUCAUCUUCCUCUUCACAGGCUUCUACGCCAUCGGCUGGGCCUCCGUCCUCCUCCUCUACGUGACCGAGAUCGUCCCCUUCUCACUCCGUUCCAAGGCCCACUCGCUCUUCGCCAUCACCCAAGCGUCCAUGCAGGUGUUCAACCAGUACGUCAACCCGAUCGCCUUCCUCGCCAUUGGCUGGAAGUACUACAUCGUCUUCGACUGCUUUAUUGUCAUUAUCGGCGUGUUCGUCUACUUCUGUAUACCGGAGACGAAGGGUCAUACGCUGGAAGAGACAGCACUGAUGUUCGACGGAGAGGACGCGGUCGCUCAGCUCCAGAAACAGGCAGAGGAACAGGCGUCACGCGCUUGA